UUGUGCAAACGCCCAAAUUUCCACUUAGUCCCAGACCAGCCUUUCCAGUCGACAGAAUGGUUCAGCAGGCUCUCAUCCUCACAAUAUUUUUCUUCAGCAUUUUUGUCCCUCCAGGUGAGGGGGCGUUACAUUCUGGCCAAUCACUACAGUGACCACAUGGUCCUGCAGCGUGGCCCCCAGCGAGCUGUCCUCACUGGAACAGCGUCUAAAGAGGGCGACACCGUCACUGCCCAGAUCGUGGGUCAUGGGUCACCGGUCACAACUCGGGUUCAAGGUGGCAAGUGGUUGUUGAAGCUGCCCGCUAUGACCCUUCCUGGACCUUUCGUCAUCAGGGUCAGCUCCAGCGAGGGACAGGUCACUCUCAACGACGUGCUCUUCGGGGACGUGUGGCUGUGCUCUGGGCAGAGCAACAUGGAGCUUCACAUGGAUAAGAUCUUCAACACCACUGUGGAAGUUCAGAAAGGCCUUCAGUACAAAACAAUUCGAUUCUUUCACGUCCCGUAUGAAAAGUCCAACACGCCGCUGAACUCGCUGCUUGCGGGCCAUUCCUGGAGCAUCCCCACCACCCAGUCUCUGCAAUCGUUCUCCGCCGUGUGCUGGCUGUUCGCGGAGUACCUGCAGCCUCACCUGAAGUAUCCCAUCGGCCUCAUCAAGGCGUCGUGGGGAGGCACCACCAUCGAGGCCUGGUCUCCACCUGAAGCCUGUCACGCCUGUCCCACUGUACACCAUUCACAACCGGAACCAGAUUGCUGUCCCCACUCACCGAUUGUAAUAUGGAAUGCAAUGAUCCAUCCCAUACUCAGCAUGACCAUUUUUGGAACCAUAUGGUACCAAGGGGAGGCUAAUCAGGACCAACCAAACGUCUACGGAUGUCAGAUGAAGCAGUUGAUGAGUCAGUGGCGGUCACAGUUCAAUAAGCAGUCUCAGGGAGAAACUUCUAACAGCUUCCCCUUCGGAUACGUGCAGCUGGCCGCCCACAGCGACACCCAGCAGGUGGGAUCGUUUCCCGCCCUGCGCUGGGCACAGACCGGGGGCUACGGCUACGCCCCGAACCCCGACCAGCCCCACGCCUUCAUGGCCGUGGCUAUGGAUCUACCCGACUUCACCUCCCCUGAUGGGCCCAUCCAUCCCCGCGACAAACAAGAUGUCGCUUAUCGUCUGAUGCGGGGCGCGCUGAAUGUGGCCUAUGGACACAGUGACGUCACAUACAACGGUCCGUUUCCGUCACAGUUCCACGUGACCGGCUCUGGCGCCCAGCGGACUGUGACCAUCCAGUACGACAAUGGACGAGCAUCCCUGUCCAUCAGAGACACCAAAGGAUUUGAGGUUUGCUGCGGUGGGGCGAGUGCUCACAGCUGUACAGACCAGGGAACAAAGUGGGUGGACGCACCAAUCACAAGCCACCAAGGCUCGCUGGUGACUAUUUCCGCUUCCGGCUGCAAUGCGGACAAGGUGCUGGGUCUGCGCUACGCGUGGAGGAUCACACCUUGUCACUUCAAACAGUGUGCUGUGUAUGCCGCCGAUACAAGUCUACCUGCUCCACCCUACCUUACCAACAUUCUGCCUUCUUAACAAGGGAACCAAGCAUCUCGCUGAAUGGGAUCUGAUAUCUGAAACAGAGACAAAACAAAAAAGGAAAAACUGGACAUGACAUUAAGACAGACAUGAAGGAUGUUACCCCUGUUUCGGUGACGAAAACGAUUGUGGAAGCUUUUCUUUGGCGAGUUUAACGGUGGUACAUUCGCUCUUCGAAGACAGACAAGACCGUGGUAAGAAUAAAACGUACACAUGCAAACACAGACCUUAUAUAAGUCUUUUCCUGAAAAAUGAAGACUCAAGACUUG